CUCGGGGAUGUACCUCGCAUUUUGUCCUGCCCGCGCAUUCUCCUGGGCAACUUCCUGUCGCUCGGCUUGCGCCUGCCGCGUGUGCACUUUCGCUUGUUAGGUGCCGUUUUCCAGAGUUCUGUGCAGUCACCCAGUGGCGGCAGGUGCCCACCUGCCGUGAUCGGGACCGGGGCAGCGCUUUCUGGCCUUUUCUCUUGCAGGGAAAUCCUUUCUUGUUGCCUUUCCGCCGACUUCCACCCUCUGUUUCGACCUGCAGUCGCGCGCUUCCUCGCCACCGACCCGCUGUUCAUGCUUUUACCCGCGUCGUUCCCCGCCCCCCGCGGUCACGAGACUCUCUAGCGAGCCACUGCGGUUGGAGCUCGCGAGCCUCGUCGCUAUCGCGUCAGCCACCGGGGCGUUUUUUGUCGCGGCCUUUCAGAUUCUUCGCUUUCCAGAGGGGCAGCGAGCAGAAGCGUCCACGGUUCUCGACUGGGGUUCGACAGACUCCGCUUUCCAAGCUUUUCUGCUUCUUUGGCGCAGCCUUCCCAGCCGCCUUCCCGUUCCUUUUCCUCUCCCUGAGCAAGCUGUUCAGCACCGCAAGUCUCUGGAAACUCUGAGCAACUGCAGAAGGCGCUGAACGAGGCGGCACAGAUUUUCUGCCGGCGUUUUCCAGGCACCUCGAGGAGGGACUCGCAGCGUCUCGGUUCGCGAGCGUUCUGGAGAAAAUGGGUCGAGGCUAACAAAUACGGAGCAAAGAACCACCAUUUCGAGGGUAGGACGGCCGGCGUCGGACACGAACGCGCCGAGGACGCAGCGACGCCAGACGAGCGACAGAGCGGCACCGCACCAGGCGCUGAGCUUUGCUUCGGAGCUGUUCCAGUCCUUUUCUCCUGCUCGGCCUUCCCAUGCGGUCAAGACCUGGGUGGAGGUAACUUGUGGAACAGUUCCGCUGUCUCCUCUGCAGACGCCCUUCUCCGACUCGAGCCAAGAACGCCGCCUCUCUCGCGCGGUCCUUGGCUGUCGGCAAACUUUGCUCCUGAAGCCGCAACUCUCCACGGCCUCAUCGUUGCGCGACACUCGACGCCUGGUCGCACAGGCCGCUUCCCUGGACGUCAAGAUGGCGAGGACGUCGCGCGUCUGGGCGCCUGCGUUUGCACUGAGAUGCGCGUCAGAGGGCGCUGAGAAGGCGGACCCAGAGCGGCAUGGCGAGAAGUUCUUCUCUGCUGAGUGGCUUCUCACUUGGAUUUCGUCGUGGUUUCUCUUUUCUUUCUGCGCGCCGACGUCGCCCGCGGCCGCGCCCGUGCAGGCCCCGCGCGCGGGGGUGUCUCCUCGUCGAGGCCGGGCAUUCACCACCUGGCGAGUUCUUUGUUUCGGACUUUCCUGGCUGGUCGUUCUGCUGCUUCUGUCGCCGUCUGCGCCGUGUCCACCUCCGGCGUUCUCCUCACUUCUUGUGCUUUUCUCGCCGUCCUUUCGAUGGCUGGAUCCCCCGCCAGUCUCCGACUCGCUCGCCGGCUUCAGGGACCCUGCGCGAUUUCUCUGGGAGGACGCGCCAGCCGCCGCAGAGGAGGACGCGAUGCACGGAGGUUUUCGAGAGGCCGGCAGACGCGGUUGGCGCGCCAGGAUCCAGCGCAGAGGCGAACCUGCGUUCGCGGCUGUCGCCUUCGCGCCGCACAAGAGACGCGCGCCUGCAGCGUCUCUCCAGUGCUUUCAGGGCGCAGAGGAGAGAGGGCCGCCGGCGUCGUGGAAGAGCUUGACUUUCUCGUUUCUGCCGCGCGCGACCUUCUCGGUGGCCAUAGAGCGAGACAAGUUCAAACUCAGCUGCACGCAGGCCUCCUUCUGUCACCGCUACCUGCACUGGGUGGACUUGAUCGCGAAGAAGCUCCCGCGAGCUUCGGCCUCUGCGCCGCCGCUCUACUCCGUCGACGUGAGGAGUCUUCCGUCGCGCGGUGCCGCGAGGAACGCGGAAGAGAAGACAAACAACGGACAGGGCCAGAGCCAAGAAGAGGAGCGAGACGGAGCAGACAGUGGAAGUCGAGGGGAUGAGGAGCGCAGCCACGAGGAGCGCAGCGGCGACAGUGUGCCGACGUCCUUUGUUGGCGAGAAGGUGGAGGUGAAGGAGAAGAAGAAGGAGAAGAAGGAGAAGAAGGAGAAGAAGGAGAAGGAGAAGGAGGACGAGAAGACGAAGGAGAAGAAACACGGGUCGAAGAAGGGAGGGACGGAGAAGAAGAAGCGAACUGGCAUCUCUCGAUCUCCGGCGACAGUUGUGGCGUUUGACGUCGUUCGCGGGAGCGACGGAUUGCGCUUGGAGGCGCGUCUCGCGGUGUUUGUCGACGGCAUCGUUCGUCUGAAGAUGCGGGAGAAGCUGAAUGCUCAGCAGCUGCAGCGCGAGAAGGAGAAGACAGAGGGCAUGCGCGCGGAGGCGCCGAACGAACCGCAAGACGUCCACGCAAAUGUCUUUCGCCUCGAUGAGCGUUUUCGCCGCUAUGAGGGCUACGUCGCAGACGUUUUGCAUCUCGAGGAAGACCCGGCAGAGGGGACAGAGGACGAAGCGAAGGUGACUUUCUCGACAAACGCGACGGUCGUGGAGUUCGUGGCGCGGCCGCCCAUGUCUGGCGGACACCGCGGAGAGUUUCCUCGCUUCUUCCCUGCCAAGAUGCGCGCGGCAGAGGCCUCAUGUCCGCCGACGCCGACCGUCUCGGAGACGUCACCCGAGAAGGCGUCGUCCGAGAAGGCGUCGGAGCCGGAGCCGCGACCUGCGGCGGCGCUGAAGACUUUGGAGGCGCGGCAGAGCGCGCGCGCCUUCGCCUGGCACCUCGACGGAGAGAGGCUGCUUGUGCGCGUCGUGCUGCAACACUCGCCUUUCGCACUGCGGGUGUACCUCCACAACAAACUCACGCAAGAGAUCAACGAGAAGCAGCUGCUGAACUGGGAGGCGUUCUUGCCUGUGAACAGCAAGAAGCGCGGAGCAGCCGAGGCCGAGGGACGACAACAGGUCGAGGAGCGCAUGCACAUGGACGCAGGCGACGCGGUCCCGAAUGCGCUUGCAAAUACGCGUUCGCAGGUCCCGGAGGAGCUGCAGGCGGCGGAGGCCGCGAGAGUUGCCGAGGCUGCGACAGGAGCGGGCGUCGACCUUCGCGAGAAGAUCAAAGGCUUGCGCGGACUCGAGUGGAGCGUGGGCGAGGUGCUCGGCGAGAACGUCGACGAAGAACGCGAAGUCGUGAACGACAUCAUCAUGCCGCUGUUCCACGCAGGAGCCAUCCACGACGCCGUCGACCUGUACAGACAGGGCGCGAUGGAGGAGGCCUUCGACCGGUUUCUCGACAGCAAACCUUUCGGACCGACGGCGAUAGGCGUCGAUGUAACGUUCUGGGGUGCGAGCCAGGUGUACGGCCUCUUCGAGCACGCUGCGCCAUUUCCGCUGAAAAGCUACACUGAGCCGUACAGGCUGUACAACUUGGACGUAUUCAACUACGAGCUCGACAGUCCGUUUAGCAUGUACGCAAGCAUUCCGUUCCUCAUGGCGAUCCACGCGCCUGCGGCCAGCAAGGAGGUCGGUUUGCGACGGGGAUCGACAAGUCGCUUUUUCGAGGAACCGGAAAACGUUCCGCAGCGUCGCGGGAGCUGCGGCGGCGCGGCGUUCGCGUCUCGAGAGGAGGAACUCCGCACAAAGUCGCCGUUGGUAACGGGAUUUCUCUUUCUCAACCCCACAGAAUUGUGGGUCAAGCUGAGGUACGACCAAGGCGGCGAAGACCUCCCAGAAACCUUCGCCGGAUUGAAUGAGGAGGAAGACGAAGACGGCUCCGACUCGGUCUCGAAGCGGCAAAAGAGAUCUCGACAAAGGAAAUAUCAGUCGUUCGCGUCGAUGGAGUCGAUGGAUUGGGAGGCAUUUCAACAGAAAAGAAAGAAGACCAAGUACGAGGCUCUCAGAACAUGGUGGACGGCGGAGGGCGGAAUCUUCGACGCCAUCAUGUUUCUCGGACCGACGCCGCAAGAUGUGCAUCGUCAAUAUCACAUUGCCACAGGCAUGCCAGCGAUGGCUCCUCUGUUUGCUCUCGGGAAGCAUCAGUGCCGGUGGAACUACAACGAUCAGGAAGACGUCUUGACCGUCGACCGCGGCUUCGACGAGCACAACAUCCCCUACGACGUGAUGUGGAUCGACAUCGAACACACGCUGGAAAAACGAUACUUCACCUGGGAUCCCAAAACGUUCCCAGAGCCUCAGAAGAUGAUUGAGUCGAUCGCCUCCAAGGACCGCAAAGUGGUGGCUAUCGUCGAUCCUCACCUCAAGGCUGUCGCAGACUACUACGUGUAUCGCGAGGCGUUGGAAGGGAGUAUGCUCGUCCGAAAUCCUUCAGGAGGUAUCUUCCACGGCCACUGCUGGUCUGGCGACUCGGCCUACGCAGACUUCCUCAGCCCCAGGACUCGCGAGUGGUGGCGGGGGUUGUACAGCUACGAUCGAUACAAGUUUUCAACUCCCGAUCUCUGGGUCUGGAACGACAUGAACGAACCGUCGGUCUUCAGUGGACCUGAGCUGUCAAUGCCGAAGGACCUUCUUCACAUGGGUGGACUGUUGGAGCACAGAGAAAUUCAUAAUCUGUAUGGGCACUACCACCACCGCAGUACAUACGAAGGACUGAUGCGCAGAGGCGAAGGAAAUCAGAGACCGUUUCUCCUCACCCGGUCGCUUUUCGUUGGGUCCCACCGCUUCGGUUUCGUGUGGACGGGAGACAACCGCGCAGAGUGGACGCACUUGGCGGCGUCGAUUCCGAUGAUUCUCAGCGCGGCCGUCUGCGGCGUGUCGGCAAUCGGUGCGGACGUGGACGGAUUUUUCGCGGAUACGUCUGAAGAGCUUCACAUUCGCUGGCAGCAAGCCGGGAUCUUUUACCCUUUUUAUCGCUCGCAUGCUCACAUGGACACCAAGAGACGCGAGCCUUGGCUGUUCAGCAAACGGUCGCUGGACGUCGUUCGAGAAGCAGUCCUCGUUCGAUACAGACUUCUGCCUUACUGGUACACGCUGUUUGCAGAAUACGCGCUCACAGGAGACCCUAUCGUGCGGCCUCUGUGGUGGCUUGACGCCCUCUCGCCGCAUUUCCAGGAAGAGCAGCAGGCCUUCUUGGUGGGCUCCGACUUCCUCGUUCGCCCGAUUGUUCGACCGAUGGACGACGACCAAGUGAAUGGCUUCGAACUCGACAUCGCGUUGCCGCGCGACGACAACAACGUUUGGAUCGACUACUUUUCUGGUCUGCCGUUCUUCCCGACGUUGAGCGACGAACCGUGGGUGAAGUACGGAGUGACGCUGCGGAACAUUCCAGUGUUCGUGCGUGGAGGGACGAUUCUCCUCACCAAAGAACGAGUGAAGCGUUCCUCAACCAAUAUGUUCCACUCCCCCUACACGGUCCACAUUUAUCCGUCCGCAGCGGCGGAAGGCGCCCCGGGCGGUGGGGUCGCGACCGGUCGUGUGUAUGUUGAUGACUACAACAGCUUCGAGUAUCUGAGGGGGAAGUUUGUGUACGAAGGCUUCGCGUAUUAUCCGAAGGCUCGCGACAACGAAGCGCGGGAUGCACGGACAAAGGACGAAGACGCAGAGAGCACGUGGAUUCUGCGGUCCGAAGCGCUGCCUCUCGAAAUCCUCGACUCGAACGAUGAGCCUCUCACCGGAUACCUCAGCGACUUCCCCCACAGAGAAAUCGAGAGAAUCGUCUUGUGGGCAGUGGAGUCUCCGCCGACGCGCGUCGUCGUCAGGCGCGAGAGUCCUCUGCGUGUCGAGGAGGCGCCCGACAAGCUGGCCGAGGAAGAAGUCGAGGGAGAGAAAGAAGAAGAACUUUUCUUCUCUUCGGAGGAAAUUGUCGCGCCGCACCACGAGACGCAGACCCAACUCCUGGGUGGAAAAACGUUUUUCCGAGUCGACGUCAAGUUGCCGAAAAUCGACGUCGGAAAGAACGACUGGCAGGUUCUCUUCCACUUCUGAGUUCGCAGGUCUCGCGGGAGGAUUCGAGGAGCGCGGAAAGUUCGACUCGUCGGAGAGGGAGAACCUUUCGCUGAAGAGAGGCCAGUCGGAGUCCGAGAGACCAAGUGGUGAAGGAUGGAGAAGCUCCUGCGAAAAACUUGCCCGUGCACGCGUUAGGCCUUCACGGAGUCGUUGUCGCUGCUGGGUCCAGUUUUCCUUCCCCACACCUCUUUGUCGCUGAACGUCAGUUCCGCAACAAGUCCUUCGUUUUGCGUUCAGCGACUGCUUCCAAAGAGCCAUUGCGCAUUCGCCUUGUAUUUACUCGCGUCAUGUGUAUGUCUGUGUGCUGCCGUUCGCGAGUCCUCACCUGGGCAGUGUCGGGGAACGAAUCCGACAAAGGCAGGUCGUCCGUUUCGCGUUCAGCCAACAUGCGUUCAAAAGGUUCCAAGGCGAGACUCUCACAUGGAAGUUUUUUCCGAACGCCUGCCCAUGGCCUUGGGUCGGCGCCUGCCGUGGUGGCGUUUUGCGAGACGGGGGAGGAACCGCGGCGCGUCUUUUCCUGCUUCUCCGAGAGAGCGUCGACCACAGUCCGAUGGCUCGGGAGACGGGAGCCAGCUGGCCGAAGCAGAAAACAACAAAGAUAGAGAGGUUCCGGCCUUCUCCGCUGCCUCGACAAGUGACUCAGAGGAGGACUGCCAGCUCCCCGCAUCCGUUUAGAGGGAGGACAAAGAGGAACUAGGAGAAACAGAAAAAGAUAGACGGAGAAACAAGCAACGCGGCAAAAUGUGGAACAAGUCGACGCAACGCUGCAAGAGGGACGAA